UCCACAUCACCCCAAAACAAAAAGCUUACCAGCGCUACAAUCGCCACACCAAUCUGCGCAUUUUCAACCUUCCGUAUCUUCGAAUCACAGCAUUAGCCACAUCUUCUAAGACCGUGAUAAUGACCGACGACCACAAGAUGGAGGACGCUGAAAUGAGCAACGCCCCCACCGGUGCCGUUGACAAGGGCAAGGGCAAGGCCCCGCAGGCUCCAGAUGCUAUGGAGGAGUCUGCUGAGGAGUCUUCAAGUGGCGAGGAGUCUGGCGCCGAGAAUGAGGGCGGUGAACCUGAGCUAGAGGAUGAGGACAACAUGGAGGAAAUCGACACCAGCAACAUCAUCCCAAGCGGCCGUCGCACGCGUGGCAAGAAUAUCGAUUUCAAGAAGGCUGCACAGGAAUUAGGUGGAGACGAUGACGAGGAGGACGAUGAGGACUUCAAUGACCCAGAUGAUGCUAUGGAAGAGUAGAGGCCUGCUACUCUCUCUCUUGGCGCGCAUUUACGCGAUCAUGAAACAUUCAUGUUCAUGCCUUGGCAUCUCGAAAUCUGGGUUGGUAUUCAUAAACAAAACAUGUUGGCAUAGGUCGGCGGGCAGGCUCAUAUGAUAUCUGGAGUCUUGGCGCGGUCCCACUGCAUGCUGGAUGGAGUAGUGAUGAGGCGAGCCUGGGUUGUUAUGGACACUGUCAGUGUCACAACUCACGGCAUGGAUACCUCUGAUAUGCAUACAAAUUCAGCAAAUUUCACCUCGAA